CGUAGCCACAGCCUGAAUGACUCACUGGGUUUACCUCAGUAGGCAGCUGGCCUCUCCUCCCCUACUUCUCGUCCUCUUUCCCCUCCGAAGUUUACAUGUGUGUGUGUAGUUCUGUGCUGGAGAGAGUUUAGGAAUACAGACAUGGAAGUUUUCUGGGCCAGGCCAGCCACCAGCGGUCUAGAGGCGGAGAGCGGCAGGCGCGGCGGCAGCAGCAGCAUCAGCAGCCACAACGACGGCAACCAUAGCAGCAGCGCCGGCGGAGGUGGAGGUAGCAGCAGCAGCAGCAGCGGCGCGGCCCACUUCAGGUCUCCAUGGCAACAGAGCGUGAACGUGUUCGGCUCGUGGAGCAGGCCGGAGUGUGUCGAGGAGCUGCACCAGCAGGCGCAGCUCAACCUCCAGAGCCUGCUGCAAGACUUUGAGGAGCAGCUGUAUGACACCAAGCUGACCGGUCAGACUUUCCGGCAUCCAUCCUCGCAGAGCUCUGACGACACGUCCACCUCGUUUAGCCGAUCGCCCAUCUCCCUCAACAACAAGAGACCUGACUUCAUCUUCCUGCCGGCGUCCAAACAGCUCUACGAGGAUGAAACCACCUCCUCGGUGUUUGGACUGAGGUCCGUGACCGACCCGUCUCCCUCGCCGUCCCCGUCGACCUGCGGCUCAGAUCGACCCCCGCUGGGUUGGAGUAGUAACAAUAGCAGCAGCAGCACUGCCACUUCUGCUACCAUCGGCCCACCUGUCGCGGAGAAACCACGCUGGCACCUCGGGAGACGCAUACCAGGUCACUUCCUGCCACUCGACGUAACAGGUGAAGGGGGAGGAGGGAAAUUCCACGGUGUCGACCUCCUCCAGCACUCCCCAUCCCCAUCCCCCUCUCCAGGGGACCCCUUCCCCCACCAGCCACGCUCCCUAGAACCUGUCACGGACACCUUCCACCAGAACCUCCCCCUGAGGAAGACACACUCUGACCUCGACACAACCUUACCUGCAGACAACACUUUGGAGCACAGUGCCCGAGACGAACUUCACCCAGGAACUAUGGACCACUCUGGACUGCUGUGCUCAAACACACCCUCCACUUCCUGGAACGGACCAAAGGGCUCUACCUUUUCUCCCGGAGCGUGGAAUGAGCCUUACAAUUACAGCAUGAACAAAGGCCCAGCAGUUCCGCCCAAACAGCACAGCAUCAUCGGUAAUGCAGGGGGAGGGACGCAGGACGGGUUGAUGUUGGUGAGCUCAGGACAGUCGGUGAGCUCACAUUCCAGUUCAUUCACAUCUGUGACAAACCUUUCUGGGAGAGGAGGGAAUAACAUUCCUGGGAUUUCACUGGCAGCGGCAAUGAUGGGGAAGAGGAGCGAGACAGAAGGGGCUGCAGCGGAUGGAGGAAGAGGAGGUGGAGGAGGGGGGGUAGGGGAGGCAGGAAGAGGACGGGAACGGUCGGCACGUUCCAUAGCAGCGGCAAACGCCUUCAAGUUCCGGGAGCGUUCCCUUUCUACCCCCACAGAUACUGGUUCCUUCUGCUUUACAGAAGGUGGUAUAGGGCCACCAGAUGGGAAUGCCAUGUCUACAGGGAACGGGAAUUCUAUGGCAAUAACAGACCACCACCAACAACAGCAUAACUUCCUAGGUUUGGGUGAGAACUACGCCCUCCUCUACCCUAGAGGGAGCUCUGAAGACAGUGCCAGUACCACAGACACGAUCUCUGUCACAGCUUCAGACUACAGUGCAGAUGGCCGCUUGCGCCUACGCUCACGCUCCAUCUCGCUUAAAAAAUCCAAGCGCAAGCCGCCCCCUCCUGUGAGGAGCGUCUCUCUCAUGAAGAACCUUGGAGAAGCCGAGGGGAGAAUCCACCGUGAAGGCGGUCUUUAUCGGGAUGGCCGGCCCAAGAGCUUGCAUAUCCCCAGGGACCACUUCCCAGACUUCCAGCCUGAUUUCCUACUGCCCAGCUCGUCCUGCUCCUCUAAACCCAAUGUUGGUGAGCAGGAGCUGGGUCAUGGAGGCACUAAUGGACCUCCGAGCCUGGAGGUCCAGGCACCAGAGAGGGAGGUAGAGACAGAGCUGACCUUCCCCACUCACUGGCAGCUGGGGGAGUGGAAGAAUGACCCUUACAGGUAG